AUGAACGUCAAGGCCAUCGCCAAUUAUGACUUUGAAACUGGGAACGCCCAUCGGUUACAGCCUGCUAGCCCACUGCACAGCGGUAUAUCACCGCAACUCGCCACGCCACUGUCGAGCUCCCUCGGACCGCGAAGUGACUCGCUGGACCUGGCAGCAGCAAGCUUAGACGCCGAGGAAGACAGUCGCAAUGACUUGCCGACACCGCAUAUUGAAGCCGACGGCGAGAUCUCCGCAGCGAUACGUCUUCGAACGCCAAGCGAGUGUCAAGGAGGCAAGAAUCUUGCUCGAGCAUUGGGCUUCCUUGGAGGUAGAACCAGCCCGAUCGGCCCCGGCGUCUCAGGCUUUGACUUCGAAUUCGCCGACCUUAUCGACGCGAGGCGCCGAUAUCCUGGCCAAGUCACCAUACAUCGGAAUGCGCUUCUUAAUACUGAAGACUAUACCUCAGCAUUCGAAGAAGACGCACGGCUGAGCCGAGACCGCUGCAAUCAAGCUAUUCUUGAAUCCUCUCCGGAUAUGUUACCCCGAGGCACCUACCUUCUCGAUCUUGGCGGCGGCUUCCAUGUCACAGUCCCGCUUGAUCCAAUAACCGAAGCUACGUUCAAGCAAGGUGGCCAAGGAACCAUACCACCCGAGGGUCUCGUACGUAUCGCCACGGAGAUGAACAUCGACAUGAAAGACUACCGUGUUGAUGGUAAACCGCACCCGGUGUACAGUAUGGGCGCCCCAAAGCAGGUCGAUAUCCGGCUCUUGGGCUCGAUACCUGUCACCAUAGUGGAGAUGGCCAUCUGGUUUCCCGCGCAUGGCUCGCUCUGGCCAGACUGGACACAGCGAUUUGCUCGAAGCGGCUGGACGCAAAACAACAUCGCUGACUUGAUUAACCGCGCUUACAACACCGACGCCGUCGAAGGUGUCGGCCCGUCGACCAUCAGUCAGCAGACGAACAAACAUGGUCGUGAGAUCCAAGAACUGUCUGGCUCUCGUGGUCAGAAACAACAGCAUCUGCCUGUGAUCGCGACUUCUCCAGAUACAUCUUUCUCUUGCGAGAGCUGGACACCGCCCGACGACGAAUACCGACUAGUCGACUACUACGUCCGCGAUCUUGCGAACGGUGUCGAUCGCGAAAACUAUCCUUCCGGUUCAGACAGAGGCCUGUUUAAAAGAUAG